GCCUUAUAGAUCCUAGCUAUCACUUCUACACCUGACUGCUCAGACCUGAAACAUAGCUCUCUUUCUCUGAUCGGACGGUCUCCGAAGCAGCGCGGCAGACGAAGGGCAAUCUACAGAGCAGGCGCAUCGUUGCGAAGAUGGUCGCUGUUCAAGAGAUCGACCAGCACUACAAGAGCUAUCUCGAGGGGAGAUAUAAGAACGUAGGGACGAGUCGCUUUGCGGUGCUAGUACGCUACGUCUUCCUCUGGGCUGGAGUCGUGCUCGGCUCCUGGACUUGGAUCGACUGGUGUUAUCCGGAUGCUCGGACGCUAUGGACGGUAGUUGGGGCUCUCGUCAUAGCCUUGACAUGUAUCUGGCCCAUUCUACAGUUGAGGGAAAGGUCGUUGAGAACUGUCGCUCAAACACCACCUUCCGCUGCGUCGAGCUCAUUGAUGAGCUUGAUCUUGAGGCCGUUUGCUGGACCGCCCACCAGGAGGAUCUUGGCUUGGUACGCUAUGGUCUCGGUCAUCUCUACGAUCAUGUUCUCUCUUUUGUGGGAGGCUAGGCACACGGAAGUCGAGUUGGGCCUUUUCAAGAGUACUGUCAAGCUUCCUCACCACCUCAAUGAACGCUUGGUCUUUCUGGUCAUCGGCAACAUCUGGUUCUCCUUGCUACUUGGAGUGUGGGACAUCUACACCGGCCGAUGGAAUCGACCCAAAUGGGCCAGAGACGGAGAAACACGCGGCAUGCGUUUUGAACGUGAAGCCAAGAGGAUUGUCAAGACUGUCCCGUUGCUCGCCGCGGCCUUUUCUGUGGUCUUCACCCUCGGUUGGGUGGGAACUCGUGUGCAAUUCUCCAGGUGGAUCAUUCAACUCUCAGCCGGUCUCUUGAGGCCCUUCCUCAUUCGAUUCGCUCAAUGGCGUUUCGACCUCGACUUGAUGCUCUUCAUCCGCCUACUGACACUCUUCAUCAAUACUGCUGUCAUUUUGCGACUACCGAAAGUGUUCUUCGAGAUCAAUGCUACCCAGCCCUUGGACUUUUCGCCAGUCACUAGCGGGAUGAAAGGCAUCGACGGCGAGAGAUAUCUCACCACUGCGUUGAGCUCGAAUGACGAUUAUCUCCUUAAUUUCACUGCCUUCGAAUGGGCCGACCGCGGAUUGCAGUCUUCCCGACGAAAGGCUGUCCUAGAGGACCUGAGCGACAAGCCGACCGCAUGGAACAGCCUGUGGAAUGGUUUGAUUUCGCAGAUAGGCAAGAGCCUCCAAAUCCUGCAAACCAGGAACGGGAAGCUCAGCUCGACUGCUCCCGCUGCCCCUGUCAGCGUUCCUGCCUCGAUUCCGACGUUGACCACAAACAGGGAACGCGCCCCGGCUGUGCGCUCUUUGGCUGGUCCGGGAAUUGUCAAACAAGUGAGCGGCACGACAGAAAAGGCUGAACAGGCCGCCAUCACCGUCUCCAACGCUGUGGCAUCCUCAUGGACCGCCGCUCAACCCAGCAUCGAUUCACUAGUCAAACGUACCACUUCCGUCAUCUCGCCCUAUACUGAAAACCUGAUCGAGAACAACCCGACCGCUCAGGCCAUCGUCAAGCGCGCGGAAGAUGUCAAGGCCGGUGUCGAGGGUGUCAAGCAGCAGAUCCAAACGCUUCAAGGGAAAGCGUCCGAGGCGAACGAAAAGGCCAAGACGAUGAUGGAGGGCAAGACAUGGUGGAGACGACAGUGGAACGAGAACAAGUCGGCCUGGAGGGCGAAGAACUUGAUGGGCAAGGUCGCUGUUGAUACGGGUGAUUGGGUCGAGAGGGUGUUUGCGAGGCGAUGGGCGGAAGAGGAGAUCGAGAGCGUCUUGCCGAGGCGCAAGAUAGAUGAAUGCCUAAUCCGAACACUAUCGGCCUUCAUCGUAGGGUCCUAUACCGAGGAUCCGUACGGUCAAGUGCAACACAAUGUACCUGCUGCCCUGUCCUAUUUUGCACAGUAUCACUCGGCUCUGAUCGGGUUCAAGAAUGAGCUCAAGAACGAGGCAGCCCAGACCGAGAGUGAGAUCUGGCAACAAGCGGUCGAGCUCGUCAUCAACGAGACGGUCGAUCCCGUAAGAUCAACAAUCGAAAAUGCCGUGCGGGCGAUCCAGGCUACCUUUGGCAAGAGUAUGAAGGCGUUUGAACUGUCACCCGGUCUGACAAGUUGGAUCGAGGCUAUCAAACAGGAAUGAACGGAAAUAAUGAACGAUACACCGGGAAAAGGCUGUGCUGAAGCAGACGGCACAAGUACCAGUGGUGGAUGUUGUUCUGUUUGCAUCGGUGUCUGUUUCCUAAGCAUAUUAUUGAAUAACAAGGACCGGUUGGAAAGGCUUCCGGACGAUUUUGAUCAUAUCUGUCACGAUUCGUUACGUUCGCAUGACUGAUCGGACACAUGACCCCGGAAGCUUUUGGAACCAGGCAGAAGAAGGAGAGGGGAGGGAUGACCGGGGUCUCGGUUAUUUGCAUCCGGUCAACGUGAUUGUCAAGCGAUGCCCGAUCAAUCCUGGAUGAUCAAAAUAUAUAAAACACGCAAAGAGACAGGAUCG